CCGCCGCCGCCGCCGCCGCCGCCGGCCGCGCGUUUCUCCCGCUCUGCCCCGCGCCAUGGCGGAGCCGCCCGCACCGCCCGCCCCGGGGGGCCCGAGCCCGCCGGCCCCGCUCCCCGCAGCGUCUCCGGGGGUCCCGGUCCCUGUCGCUUCGGUCCCCGCGGCUCCUCCGCCGGGCGGUUCGCAGCGCCUGCUGUUCUCGCACGACCUGGUGUCGGGCCGGUACCGGGGCUCGGUGCGCUUCGGCCUGGUGCGCCUGAUCCACGGCGAGGAUUCGGACUCGGAGGAGGAGGAGGCGGCGGCUGGGGGAGGAGGAGGAGGAGGAGGAGGCGGAGGAGGCCGGGGCGGCGGAGGAGGAGGAGGUGGAGGCGGCGGCGGAGGCGGCGGAGGAGCCGCCAGCUCCGGGGGCUCCGAAUCGGGCGGCCCCGGGGGGGGAGGCACGGAGGAAGGCCGGGCCUCCCCGCUGCGCCGGGGCUACGUGCGGGUGCAGUGGUACCCGGAGGGCAUCAAGCAGCACGUCAAGGAGACCAAGCUGAAGCUUGAAGAUCGCUCUGUCGUCCCUCGAGAUGUGGUCAGACACAUGAGCUCCAGUGACAGCCAGUGUGGGACUGUGAUUGAUGUCAACAUAGAAUGUGCUGUGAAGCUGGUAGGAACCAACUGCAUCCUCUACCCUGUCAACAGCAAAGACCUGCAACAUAUCUGGCCCUUCAUGUACGGUGACUACAUAGCCUAUGACUGCUGGCUGGGCAAGGUCUAUGAUUUGAAGAACCAGGUCAUCCUCAAGCUUUCCAAUGGAGCCAGGUGUUCUAUGAGUACAGAAGAUGGAGCCAAGCUGUAUGACGUUUGUCCUCACGUCAGUGACUCGGGUCUUUUCUUUGAUGAUUCAUAUGGCUUUUAUCCCGGGCAAGUCCUCAUCGGGCCUUCUAAAGUCUUUUCCAGUGUGCAGUGGCUCUCGGGUGUGAAGCCCGUUCUCAGCACAAAAAGCAAGUUCAGAGUGGUGGUGGAAGAGGUGCAGGUGGUAGAACUAAAAGUCACUUGGAUCACUAAAAGCUUUUGUCCUGGAGGCACUGACAGUGUGAGCCCUCCCCCCUCUGUGAUCAGCCAGGAGAACCUGUCCAGGGUAAAGCGUCUGGGGUGCUUUGACCAUGCCCAAAGGCAGCUCGGGGAGAGAUGCCUCUAUGUGUUCCCGGACAAAGUGGAGCCUGCAAAAAUUACCUGUGAAUGCCCAGAGAGGAACUGCGUCCUGGGUGAAGGAUCGGUUGCCAAAAAGGUGAGGAGGCUGCUGAAGAAGCAGAUAGUGAAGAUCAUGUCGUGCUCCCCCGAGUCUCAGGGCACCGCUGAAGCCCCUGACAAGGAGUCUGCUCCAGCCGCUGACCAGAAAGCAGAAGAUGUUAAGCCUGAAUCCAAGUGUGAGCUGGACGACUCUUCCAACAGUGCAUCCGAGUGCAGGGGAGAGAAAGGAGAGCAGCCUGAAGAAACGGGGAAAGAGAAAGGGGGAGCAGCAGCACGGCAGCAGCAGCCUCCCUACCUGCUGAAGGACGAGGCAACAUCUGACUACCGGCUUCAGUCCAUGGAGCAAGAUGCUGAUGAUGAGGCAGCCGACGACACCGAUGACACGAGCUCUGUCACCUCUUCUGCCAGCUCUACCGCCUCGUCCCAGAGCGGCAGUGGCACCGGCCGCAAGAAGAGCAUCCCCCUUUCCAUCAAGAACCUGAAGCGGAAGCACAAGAAGAAGAAGACCAAGAUUUCAAGGGAGUUUAAGCCAGGAGACAGGGUUGCUGUGGAAGUGGUGACCACGAUGACUUCGGCUGACGUGAUGUGGCAGGAUGGCACCGUGGAGACCAACAUUCGCUCCAAUGAGCUGAUUCCCGUCCAUCAUCUGGACAACAAUGAGUUCUGCCCUGGGGAUUUUGUGGUGGACAAAAGAGCUCAGAGCUCCCAGGACCCCGGCGUGUACGGCGUCGUGCAGUCUGGUGACCAUAUCGGCCGUACCUGCGUGGUGAAGUGGUUCAAGCUGAAAUCCAGCGGGGACGACGUGGAGCUGAUCGGGGAGGAGGAGGACGUGAGUGUGUACGACAUUGCUGACCACCCAGACUUUCGCUUCCGCACUACUGACAUCGUGAUUCGCAUCGGCAACUCGGACGGAGCCACAGCUAAGGAAGAUGAGCCUUCGGUCGGACAGGUGGCUCGCGUGGAUGUCAGCAGCAAGGUGGAAGUGGUGUGGGCUGAUAACUCCAAGACUAUCAUUCUGCCUCAGCACUUGUACAACAUCGAGUCGGAAAUCGAGGAGUCAGACUAUGACUCUGUUGACGGCAGCACCAGUGGGGCUUCCUCGGAGUGGGAGGAUGAAAGCGACAGCUGGGAGACAGACAACGGCCUCAUGGAAGACGACCACCCCAAAAUUGAGGAGUUAGAGCCCGAGGAGCCGGUGGUAGAGGAGGUGAAGAAAGUAGAGGAACAAGUCCAGGGAGCUGUGGCUAUGGCGGUUGCAGAUCUUGCUGCGGAGAAAGCUGGCAAGGACGGAGCCCCAAAGAGCUUCCGAGAACUGAAGGAAGCCAUCAAGAUCCUGGAGAGCCUGAAAAAUAUGACUGUGGAGCAGCUGCUGACUGGUUCUCCCACCUCCCCCACUGUGGAGCUGGAAAAACCCACUCGGGAGAAGAAGUUCUUGGACGAUAUUAAGAAGCUGCAGGAAAACCUGAAGAAGACCUUGGAUAACGUGGCUAUUGCAGAGGAGGAGAAGAUGGAAGCCAUGGUGGAGACGGAGAAGAAAGAAGAAAAAGCGGAGGCGCAGACACCGGUGAGGUCGGAGUGGCCCAGCGAGACACCGGUGCUCUGCCAGCAGAGCGGGGGCAAGCCUGGAGUCACCUUCACCAGUGCCAAGGGAGAAGUCUUCUCCGUGCUGGAGUAUGCUCCAGACAGCCAUGCCUUCAAGAAAAUGGAGUUCCAGCCCCCAGAAGCCAAGAAGUUCUUUAGCACUGUGCGGAAAGAAAUGGCUCUCCUGGCCACCUCCCUGCCAGACGGCAUCAUGGUUAAAACCUUCGAGGAUCGAAUGGAUCUCUUCUCAGCACUUAUCAAAGGACCCACGCGCACGCCCUACGAGGACGGCCUCUUCCUCUUCGACAUCCAGCUCCCCAACAUCUACCCUGCCGUCCCGCCUCUCUUCCGCUACCUCUCGCAGUGCAGCGGGAGGCUCAACCCCAACCUCUACGACAACGGCAAAGUGUGCGUCAGCCUCCUGGGGACGUGGAUCGGCAAGGGGACGGAAAGGUGGACCAGUAAAUCCAGCCUCCUUCAGGUACUCAUCUCCAUCCAAGGUCUUAUCUUAGUGAACGAGCCCUAUUACAAUGAGGCAGGCUUUGACAGCGACCGGGGCCUUCAGGAGGGCUACGAGAACAGUCGUUGCUACAACGAGAUGACCCUGAUCCGCGUGGUGCAGUCCAUGAUGCAGCUGCUGCGCCGGCCGGUGGAAGUCUUCGAGCACGAAAUCCGCGAGCAUUUUCGCUGCAACGGCUGGCGCCUGGUGUCCCGCAUCGAGUCCUGGCUGGAGACCAACGAGCUGGUGGAGAGGAGUCACGAACAGGCCAACGGGGCGGACGCUGCCUCCCUCCUCUCCGCCUGCGGCACCCUGGCCGAGAGCCCCGCAGACACGGCGGGGUCGCCGGGGGAGGACGGCAGCGCGGCGGAGCAGGGGGCAGCGGCCGAGCUUUCCGACUCGGCGCUCGACGGGAAGGAGGAGCUGGACGACUCGGAGUUCACGACCUCGACGCCCACCGCCGGUGAUCUCCAACAGUACUCAGACUCGGAGAGCACGGGCCAAGCCAGGGGGUCAGACCUGGCCAGAGACCGAACGGACGAGGGGAAGGCUGCCCAGGACUCUGCCUCGCAGCCCAGCGUGAAACCAAAGAAAAGGAGAAAGAGCUACAGGAGUUUCCUUCCAGAGAAGAGCGGUUACCCCGAUAUCGGGUUCCCCCUCUUCCCUUUGUCCAAGGGGUUCAUUAAGAGCAUCCGUGGUGUCUUGCAGCAGUACCGGGCUGCCUUAGCAGGGGCCAAUAUCCCGGAGUGGACAGAGGACAAAUAAACCAUCAGGUUAGGGACAGGCAGGUGCAGGGGAGAAGGGAAAGCAGCAGAAAGGAUAAUUGGCAAACGCUGUUACCAGUAAACUGGCUUCUCCUUCCAGCUUUUCUUCCUCAGCUUGGUUUGUUCCAAAGAAGGUGGUAGGCCUGAUUUGCUCCUUCGAGGAAAGGUUGUCUAAGCAUGAAUUUGCCCCCAGCCCUCCUUCCCUUCCCCCCUGUCCCAUGUACGUGCUCCUCUUAACGAGUUUGACCCUGCAAUGGUAAGAUUUGAGCCCUGCACAGAAGCAGUCUUGCAGCCACGUUCCCUCUGCACUUUCAUCUUGGGGCACCUUUCCACCCAGAGGCUCUUCCCACCCAGCGCUGCGCCCGGCGGUCCGUGCAGUUGGGGGUCAGGCCAGGAGAAGCGAUCGCUGUAGUCUGGAAGCGGGGGGCGAUGCCCUCCCACUCUCUCUCUCUAUUUUUUUUUUCUCUCCGCAUUACCAUGGGUUUUCUGAAGCCGACCCAAGCUUGUAUGUACUUAGACAUUGGAUUGUGUUUGCGUUGGAGUUGUCUACACCAUACGGAGUUGCUCUAGUCUUAGUUGUUCACCAGUAGCUGCAAGGUUCUUCUGGAGGGAGUCAGGGCUUGAGAGGCAGAGCGGCGCCCGGCGCCAGCCCCCGGGGAGUGCCGCGGGGUCUCCAUCUGCUCCCGGGGCUUCUGGUGGCUCUUCUGGAAUCGGAUCCAGCCACCCACAGUCUUUAUUCUCCAGAGUAAGGCAGCCUUCCCCUUCCCUACCACGCAUGCCUGUCUUCUAGAAGUAAUGGGAUCCGGGGUUCUGCCCUCGUUCCUUGCUUGGCUAUCUGAAUCUUUUGUUCCAGCCAGCUCGGCUGCCGUGCCCCGCUCCUCAGCCCCACGCGGGGAGGUGGCAGCGAGCGAUCUCGGGGCCCGUUGCAGAUCUUUGGCAGCUCGUCUGGCUGCUGAGCCUGGCACGACUGCUGCUUCUCCAUCCCCGGGCUGCAGACGGGCGUUUGGGAGCUGUUUGAGGCAGGGUCACCCUGAGGGAAGGAGCUGGCGCGCUGCAGCAGCGGUUGGGGACGGUUCCUGCCCCGUUACUCACCCAGUAACGAGCACGGCAGGCGCUGGUGCGGGCUGUUAUCAGCUCCUUCCCUGGCCAGCUGCUUCCUGCGAUGGCCUGGAUGUGGCUGGCAGCACCGUGGGUACAGCACGAACCCCUCAUCCCCACCGCAGCGCUCCCUCGGAAGCUGCAGCAGCUCCUGAGCCGGUGACCUUCAGCACUUGGAGGCAGGGGAACAGAGAGAGAAAUCCUUCCCUUACUCGAGCUCAGCGUGGCUGCGUCCCCUUCCCUCCACCCUGGCCAGGAUCUGGCCUCGUUUAGAAACCCCGUAGAGCAGUCGGAUCUCACGCAGCGCUUCCUGCUACUUGAAACCCUGGGCUCUGAACCCGCUGCCCCCAUCGCAGGCCGGCUGCACCGAGCCCUCUCCGUGUCCCGGAGCUCCAGGAGGGAGCAGGGCUUGGCUGCAAGCACCGCUCUUGCAGGUGGGUCGCCUGCACCCUGCUGCAGUGCCAGCAGCUCUGGGGGGCUGCCAGGGGGUCUGCAGGGCCCAGGGAGCUGCUCGGAGCCCUGGGCAGGGCAGCCCGAAGAGCAGGCGUACCUCACCGCUGCUCACUGGUGCUGAGCGAAUGAAUCCCUUGGCGAGCGAGGAGGGGGAUCUCCGAAACACAAGGGCCGACUGGGGCAGGAGGGUGAGGCUGUGUUUCAGGGCAGGGGAGGCAGCCAGGGAGGCUCAUUCCACGAUUAAACCUCUUGCUCACCAGGCAAAGUCACAGUUGGUGACCUGCAGGCACCGACUCCUCUCGCCCCCCGUUCCCCUCGCCGCGCUGCAGCCUGACCCCGCUCCAUCCAGGGCCGGGAGGGAGCUCUGGUCCCUCUUGGUUGGAAACAGCAGGGCAAAGAGAGAGAGAGAAAACCCUUUAGGGCCAGACGGGGCUGGGGUGGAGAGGCAGAGGAGCUCUGCAGUUCCUUGCUUCACCCUCCCUUUGCUCCCUGCAGCUCAUCUCAUGGGGAAGCAGUGGGCAGGGCUCAGGGAUGGCCAGAAUUUGCACCCCGUGGCCCAAGAAGUCUCCUCGUUGUCCUCCGAUCCUAACCAAGAGCUUUUGCACAGGUUCCUGGGGCUUCCCAGCGGGGAAGGUGCUCGCUGGCCUGCUGGAAGGGGAGGCUGCUGCCCCUCGCAUCGCUCUCCGUAGCCGGUGUCCCACCCCGAGGCGUGCGCGGAGGUUUACAGAUUUUCUAAGCUUUUGAUAAUGUGAAGCUCCUGGGUGACGAGGCUGGUGGUGAGCACACUGCAGCUAUGUAAUUUUUUUGUGUAUGUAUGUAAUAUUUAAGGGUAACAAAAUUUAAGAGGCUAAAACCUUAAAGAAGAAAAAAAAAAUUAAAAACACAAAAAAAGCCAAAGCAUGAUGCAUAUUGUUAGCCUUAAAACUGGCUACACGACUGUGUGAUGUACAAAUAAGAGCAGCCUGUAACUGUUUUAAGUGCUGGGGUUGGGGAAGAAGCAUUACAAAAUCAGUUUGUAGCCUUGAUUCUGUACAGUAUUUAAAUGAAAAGAAGAAAAAAAAACCCACGACCUGACUAUUGAGGCCAUGCUUAGAGGUGUGUCGUUCACGUGCAGAUGUGGAUGCUUGGUUGCUUAUGAUAUAUGUAUAAAGUGCUGUGUGACCAUUACAACUUUUUUUACCUGCAGAUUUUUUUUUUUUUUCGUUUGGCUAACCAAGGUGUAAUAAAGGAGGGAAGAUGACUUGCCAUUAAAUUUUGCCUCUGUGAGUA